CAGCCAGCAAUUGUUUGAGAAAAUGUACAGCAAAAGUGUUGAUCAAAUUACUAUUCUGCAAGGCGAUCGAACAAAGUUAAAGGAUUUGCUUCGUUUGCGACUGAUCGAAUGCGGCUGGAACGACCAGGUGCGAUAUCUCUGCCGAAAGGCAAUAGUGGAAAAUGGUCACACGAAUGUGGACGGCAUCGUGCAAGUCGUUACACCGGAGGCACGGACGCUGAUACCUGAUGUGGUGAAAAGGGAACUGCUGCAGAAAAUCCGAAUGAGCUUGUUGCAGCAAGAGAAGCUCGAUUUGUAGACGCCCACUGGAUAGAAUAGGACGAUA